CUCUACUGGUUUUUUGGAGGCCGGGUGACCCGAAGCUGUGGCUGCUACGCGCAGGGCUUGGGGGAGAGACUGGCUCAGCAGUUUUGCUUCUAGAACUAGGAAAGUCACAGACAACCCAGGAAGCACUGAGGCACAAAGUGUUCUUCCAAGCCAGAGAACUACAGAGUAGCAGAGUGUGAGGAUGAGGGUGAGGGGGUGGGGCAAGGUGGGUGGUUUCCUUCCUCCUUCCCCCCCAUUAAAAUGCAUACUUGGAGAUUUCUUAGUGCUCUAGCCCAGAGCUCUAUCAGAAGCUGUUUGACUGUGGAGCAUGGAAGAGAUCCCUCCCCCUAGACCCUCAGGAGUGGAGAGAACCUGUAGACUUCAAGUCUCCAAGUGAGGCGGGGGCAGAGGGCAGGGGGCUGGGGGAGAGGGUUCUUUGGCUUCUUCCUGUUCUAAUUGGCUACUUGAGGAUACUUAAGGCUCCAGCUUCUGCCUGGCCCUGAUCCUAUCAUUUUUACCUGCUGGUGCUUCUGGCCUGUAUUCUAUCGAGAUGGAGGUCUUCAAUCUGUGGAGGGAUUAUCUGGGACUAGCUAGCGUGGUGGGGGCUCUCCGGGAGGAAAAGCCGGAGCCGCAGGUGGCAGGGACAGAGCCAGGCCCAGACCCCGGACCCAGCCUGAAGCAGGACCUCCUGCCCCCCAGGGACUCCCUCUGCACCUUUUGCAAACACAAUGGGGAGUCUCGAAACAUCUACUUGUCCCAUACGCUGAAGGACGAGGAAGGCCGUGUGGUGUGCCCCAUCUUGAGAAAAUACGUGUGCCCACAGUGCAGAGCCACCCAAGACAAUGCCCACACCAAGCGCUUCUGCCCACUCACCAGCAAGGGCUACAUGUCUGUGUACAGCUACACGGCCCGCAAUUCAGCCGGCAAACGGGCCAGCCUGCAGUGGCCAUCGGAGGAGUCCAACUCGGCCAAGACCCGGACCAAGAGGCUUCCAGCAAUGCCCGAAGGAAAAGCUCCCAGCCGGGCCCUGGAGGAAAGCGGUGCUGGCAGUGGCACAGGUUCAAAGGCCUCCAGAACUGCUUUUCUCACUCAGCAACCAUGAAUUUCAUCUUCUGCCUGAGGACCCUGGGAGACCCAGGCACUUGUUUUGCCUAAGCCAACAGACGGGAAGGACAGAAAAACAGGAAAAAUUUGUACGGGGCAAAGGAAAGAAGAACAGUACUGGAGGGCACUGGGAGUGUCUCUCCAGAGACCAGCUCUGCUUCAUCUCCUGGACUCUUGGUAGCCACACAGCCCCUUAAUACCAGGUCUGGCAUCACAAGCCCACCUCCUGACUCUCCUCGGCCUGGUCCCCAUCCCUGGUGGUGACUUGCCUUAAGGGACUCCCAUCUUCAUGGUACAGGAUUGAGAGCUAAGCCCUAGAAGGAGAGUGGACAGUGUCGCCUGUUGGGUGAAAGUCCUGCCUGAGACAUGACCUCAACAACAGGACUGGGGAUUCUAUCACUCUUCUCCUGUCCUCAAUGACUGGUAUGCAAGUUUGAUUCCCUUGAUUAUUCAACAGACAAAACUGCUCUGGGACAAGGGAAUAUCUUGCUUCUAAAAGGCUUCUUGUGAAUCCUGGAGAUGAAUGGUGCUUCCUUAUGAGAUCCUCGGCUUUCCUUUCCACGCCUUUGUUAGGAUUCAAGUCCUUGCACAUUGUUAUUGAUAAAUUGCUUCCGAAAUAAAGAAAAAAAGCCAUAUCC